UUUGAAUCCUUCAUAGGAAUAAACUAUUCCUAGAUAAUAUUGUGAAUUUGUCUUCUAAUAUUCUCAUAAUAAUCCCCUACUCAUCUUCUCUUUUCCUUCACCUUACCAAGGGAAAUAGAGUGCACCUCUUCCAUAUUUGGAUGUAGGACACCUCUUUCCCUUUCUUUUCUUCUUUUCUUCUUCCCCUUUCCUUUUCUUCCAUUACGUCAACCUUUCCUUUAUAGAAUCACUUCAAAAAUGGAAGGUAAAGUACUUUUUAGCAAAUAUGAGCUAGAAAAACUCUUAGGAGAAGGAAAUUUUGGAAAAGUUUAUAAGGCAAAAAACCUCACAACAUUAGAAAUAGUUGCCAUAAAAAUGAUCAACAAAGAUGAAGUGAAGAAACAUGGUAUGAUAGAACAAGUUAAGAAGGAAAUCCAAGUUAUGUCUCAUGUUAAACACCCUAAUAUCAUUGAGCUUAAAGAAGUUAUGGCUACAAAAACUAAGAUAUAUUUAGUAUUGGAAUAUGUUGGGGGUGGUGAUUUAUAUACUAAAAUUGUCGAAAAUGGAAAGUUUGAUGAAAAUCUUGCUAGGAAGAUCUUCCAACAAUUGAUCAUAGCCCUUGAUUUUUGCCAUUAUCAUGGUGUUUGUCACCGCGAUCUUAAGCUCGAAAACGUUUUAAUGGACUCAAAUGGUGAAGAUUUGAAGAUUUGUGAUUUUGGGUUAGCAACAUUUCUUGGUGGGCAUGAGCAAAAUUAUGAUUUUGAGGAUGUUCUUCUUUAUACUGCUUGUGGUGCAAUUGCUUAUAUGGCACCUGAAAUUAUAAGGGGUGAUAGGUAUGAUGGAAAAAAGUGUGAUAUUUGGUCAUGUGGGGUCAUUUUGUACACUUUACUUGUGGGUUAUCCACCUUUUCAAGAUGAAAGUAGAACAAGAAUGUUGUGGAAAAUUAGGGUCGGGAAAUUUGAUUUUCCAUUAGGGUUCUCUAAGGAAGUUGAAGAUUUGAUUAAAAAGAUUUUGGUACCAAACCCUAGUGAAAGAAUUGUUAUGUUAGAUAUUAUGCAACAUCCUUGGUUUACAAAAGGGUUGAAUAGAUCAUGUGAAAAUGAUUAUUCAAAUUUGUUUUGUUCUUCUCCUAUAUCUUCUUUUAAUGCCUUUGAUUUUGUGUCAUCAAUGGGUUCGGGUUUGGAUCUAUCGGGUUUAUUUGAGAGUACUCAUAAGAGAAAACUCAGUUCAUUGUUCGUGUCCAAGUGUUCGACUAAAGAAGUUGUUAAGAAAGUGGAGAUUAUGGCAAAAGAGUUGAAGUAUGAAGCAAGAAAAGAGAAAGAGUCAAGGGUGGUUUUGAGAGGUGAAGUGGGUAGACGAGGGCGGUUGGUGGUGGUUGUUGAGGUGUUUCGAGUGUCGUCCGAGGUUAACAUUAUUGAGUUUACUAAGAGGGUAGGGGAUUCUAUUGAAUACUUGAAGUUUAUGGAGGAAGAAGUAAGGCCGGCAAUGAAGGAUGUUGUUUGGAAAUGGCAAGGAGAAUGGUCUAUUGUGAAGAAAAAUAGUGGUGGGAAUGUAAUAAGUUUUCCUAAGUGGAAGUGGUGUUAGUUUGUGUUGACCUAGUGACUUUAUACAUGUAGAAUGUGUUUUGAAUUGGGAACUAUCCCUUGAUCACAUCUCCAUAAGUUUUCAUAUCAAUUUAUUUUUAAGUCGAUUAAAUCGAAACAGUCAUAUAAUUUUAAAUCAUUAUAAAUUGAGCAUGUUAUAUACUUAUGUUUAACCUACAAUUUGAGCAUGUAAUAAUAUGUGUAAAUGAGAUCAUUGUUAGUUUGUGUUGAUGAUUGAUUUUAUACAUAUGGAUUGUAAUGUAAUUUGAGGGAGUUUGAUAAGGAAAUGUCAUAUAUUAUAUUGGUUUGCUAGGCGAUUCUCGAGUUGAGGGGCUUUCUUUAAUUGCGACCUU